AUGGCACCUGGGUUCGCAGUGGUUGGAGAGUCCAGUAUUGGCAAAAGUUCUCACAACCGCGUUUGGUCUGACAAUGAACUGGCAGCGCAGUGUUUCCUGUUCUUCAUUGCCGGAUCAGAUACCGUUUCGACGUGCCUUACAUUCGUUAGCUACGAGCUUCUCAUCAACCCGGAUAUUCAGGACAAAUUGUACCAGGAGAUCGUGGCGGUUGAUCGAUCACUGGAUGGUAAACCGGUUAGCUAUGAAGCACUUCAGAAGAUGCAAUACAUGGACAUGGUAGUUUCCGAGUCCCUUCGCCUAUGGCCUCCGGCUCCGUUCGUUGAUCGGUUCUGCGUUAAGGAUUAUCUGUACAAUGAUGAACAAGGUACACGGGUACAGAUCCAUAAAAAUCAACUCGUGUGGUUCCCAACGACUGCCCUUCACCAUGAUCCUAAAUACUAUCCGGAUCCGUUCAAAUUCGAUCCGGAACGGUUUAGCGAGGAAAAUCGAGACAAGAUUCGACCGGGGACUUAUCUACCGUUCGGCGUGGGUCCUCGGGCCUGCAUCGGAUCCCGGUUUGCACUGUUGGAGGUGAAAGUGAUCUUGUACAAUCUGCUGCGGCACUUUACCCUGGUGAGAAGCGAGAAAACGAAGGUUCCUCUGAAGCUGGAAAGCAAAAUGAUUGGAAUUAAGAUUGCCGGAGGAGUCUGGCUGGAAUUUAAACCUAGGGAGUAA